GAGGGCUGUCCCCCGGCCGAGCCGCACGGCCGCGCGCCUCUCCCGCACUCUCCGCGGCCCCGUCCGUCUCUCCAUGGCGUCUCACCAGCAAUCCCGGAUCCAGGCUUACCUGGAGAAGAACAGGAUCGGUCCCCUGUUUGAGGAAUUAAUGACCAAAUUAAUAACUGAAACACCUGACCAGCCAAUUCCAUUUCUCAUUGACCAUCUUCAGUCUAAACAAGGAAACCGUGGACAACUUCAGAGAACUUUAUCUGGAUCUGCAGCUCUCUGGGCAGAAAGUGAAACAUCAGAACAUAAAGGAACAAGAAGGGAUUUCAGAAGCUAUGAUAAACCUUGGCAAUUAAAUGCAAAGAAGCCUAAAAAAUCAAAAAGUGACCUUGCUGUGUCUAACAUUUCUCCACCAUCACCAGAAUCCAAAUCAUUGCCAAGGUCAGUAGAUCAUCCUAAGUGGAACUGGCGAAUUAAACCAGAAAGCCGUGAUUUUGAUGAAUUGAACCACAUCCUUCAAGAGAGCAAGAAGCUGGGAAAAGCCCUUGAGAAUCUUUCUCGAAGUAUUGCACUUUCAGAUGAACUUGAUAAGGAAACAGUGGCGUUUAAUUCUUCUCUUCUGAGACCCCGUGUAAUUGGAGAAUGGAUUGGUAGAGAAGAGAACGAUGCUGACCCACUUGCCGCUGAAAUGCUACAGCCCCCAGUUCCAAGAAGUAAAAAUGAGCAAUGGGAAAAUGAAGAUAAUAGCUCAAGCCCUGCAGGAAGCUUAAAGGUGGAGCCCAAGACCAAAGGAUUAAAACAGCAGCAGCAGCAACAUAAGAAACUUCUGGCAGCAAUGCUCUCUCAAGAUUCUUUUGAGUCUCUCCACAGCCCCACGCCAUCUGUAACAGAAGAAGAUAUUGAUAAUGAAGAUGAUGCAAUGGAAUUGCUGGAGGAUCUUGAUGAUUUAAGAAUGGAGGGAGUAACUACCCUUGUACCUUCUGGGAGCAAAUUUAACCAAGGUCGUGCUACUCACCCUGCUGAACCUCAGGCCAAGGUCACACUGAACAUCUGUUCAAGGUGUGCCAGGCUCCAAGGAGACCACCUGGCAGAAAGGACAGAGGAGACAUCACAAGUACUUCGUUCUCCAGAUGAAAUAGUCCCAGAUUCUUUGGAUUCUUUACCCGGGACUGAAGAAGCACUAAUGGAAGAAGGUGAAGAAUUUGAGAAAGCCUCCAGAUUAACAGGACCUGGAGAAGCCUCCAGUGGAAGACAGUCACUGAAAAACUACAUGGAAGAAGAUGAAUCUUUAAAGCAAUUGCAAGUAGUUCACCAGCCAUGGAUCUUGCCAAGUGAUACAGAAAGUGAAGGAGUAGAAGCAGAACAAGAUAAACGUUCUGCUGAUCUUCUCCUCUGUGUUCCAUGCUCUUCUUGUCCUACACUGGUCUACUCUGGUCUCUGAAGCAGGCAGAAGUUGCAGGUGGCCCUUUAAAGAAAUCGCAAUUAUUCAAAUCCUUAUGCAUAGUUCUAAUUUUAUUUACUAUGUGUAAUCAUUUAGAGAAUGGUUAUUUUUAUAAUAUCAAUAAUAAACAAGUACUCUUGCAACCAGGGGGUGCCUAAAUGUGUAAUCAGAGAACACUAACCCUGGCAAAGGAUUCUGGGGUGGUCAGGAUGUCUGCUGCCUUUUGACAUGGUUAGUGUCCUGGGUUUAGAUUACUUUAUACCUAGUUAUUAAGAUUACUAUUUGAUACAUUAAAUAUUGCCUGAUUCAAA